AUGAAUCCAAAACUUGAACUAAAAUUAUUAAGCCAUUUUUAAACUUUGGAAGGAAAAUUAUCUUUAUUGUUCUUGCAUAUUUCAGAUAAUUCAGCUGGUUUCUAACAUGUUGGUAGCUAAAAAGAAUAAUUCACAGCCUUUUAUAAUAUAUGUAUACAAAAGUAAACUACAUUUUCAUUUUAUCAAGAAUCAAUACUUUAAUAUUUCUAAAAAAUGGAACAUAAUAAUAAUCUUUUGAAAAGUAAUGUAUAUUUUGUCCGAAAUUAAAGACAAAUUCCAUUUAAUAAUUGAUAUUACAUUUACUCUUAUUUCAUAAAACUAAAUACAGCUAUAAAUUUACCCAUUAUUAAAAUGAAAAAGUCUUGCAUAUUGCUUAUUUCAGAUAAUAACCAAAGAUCUUAUCUAAUGUUUUUAGACAUUAUAAAGCCAUUAAUUAAAAUUAAUUAGAGUGUUUCAUGUUUUUAACGCUUUUUUCUCAAUCUAAUUCAGAGUUUUACUAAAAAAAUAGUAAUAAUUAUUAAAUCUACUUUUAGAUCUUCCUCUUGAAUAAGAUUAAUAAAUCUCUAAUCUAAUGAGUUAAAAAUAAUUUUAUUGUGGUCCUUCAAAAAAUUUUAGACCAGUAUAGAGGAUUGAAGAAUUCAAAGAAUUGGAAACUUUAGAUUUUGAAGCAUUCAAAUAAAAUGAGUUAAUUUGUUUGGCAAAAUCUUCUCCAGAAUUUAAAGGUACUCCAAUCCAAUAGUUUAUGAUAUUAUACAAUUCUAGAGUUAUGGAAGAAAGGCCAUAAUAAUUAAAAGAUUUUCUAAAGUAAUUUACUAGAUUGUAAGGAGAGUUGGCAAUUUGUUUUCAGAAUCAUUUAUUUACAUUACUUUGCUAUAGUAUGUUAGAUUAAUAAACAUUUGUUGAGUUAUCACUUAUGAUAUAGAAAUGA